UCUUCAGUUACCUUCCCGCUUCUUUUGGAGCCUCUCUUCUCACUGAACUGCUCAUUCUGUUGUAUCUUGUGCUUUCUCUUUCACUCAGAGUCUCUCAGAGAGCUGUGAAAUGGAACAAAGCGCUAAAGCUGCAAUACAAGAAAUGAGUGAGGACCUUCAGAGCAUCUUACGUUCCAACUUGGAUGAGGCACCUGCUAGGCGUCGAGCUCGUGAAGCUUUCAAGCAUAUUCAGUCAGACCUUCAUCACUGCUUGUUGCGGUCCCCUGCAGAUGGUGUGAAGAUGAAGGAGGUUUAUGAGGUGAACUCCAGAGGAUUAGAAAUAUUCUCUAAGAGUUGGCUUCCAGAAGAAGCUUCGUUGAAAGCAAUUGUUUGUUACUGUCAUGGUUAUGGAGACACUUGCACCUUUUUCUUUGAAGGAGUUGCAAGGAAGUUAGCAUCAUCAGGAUAUGGAGUAUUUGCAAUGGAUUACCCUGGUUUCGGCCUCUCAGAAGGUCUUCAUGGCCAUAUUCCUAACUUUGACAACCUGGUUGACGAUGCUAAUGAGCAUUUCUCCAAAAUUAAGGAACAAGUGGAAUAUAAAAACUUGCCUAGCUUCUUGUUAGGAGAGUCAAUGGGAGGAGCCGUUGCUCUGAAGCUGCACUUCAAACAACCUACUGCUUGGGAUGGUGCUGCUCUUAUCGCACCUCUCUGCAAGUUUGCAGAGGAUAUGCUUCCUCACUGGUUGUUGAAGCAGAUACUUAUUGGUGUUGCCAAGGUUUUCCCCAAAACUAAGCUGGUGCCACAAAAGGAAGAGGUGAAAGAGAAUAUAUUUAGGGAUAAGAACAAGAGAAAAUUGGCACCCUAUAAUGUAUUAAUGUACAAGGAUAAACCAAGGCUAGGAACUGCACUGGAGUUGCUUAAAGCCACACAAGAGAUAGAACAACGAUUGGAAGAAGUCUCUCUGCCAUUGUUGAUCAUGCAUGGAGAAUCUGACAUAAUAACCGAUCCAUCAGCUAGCGAGGCCUUGUACGAAAAAGCUAGAGUUGAGGACAAGAAGUUCCGCCUUUAUAAGAAUGCUUACCAUGAUCUACUUGGAGGUGAACCUGAUGAGACUAUAUUUAGCGUGCUUGAUGAUAUCAUAUCUUGGCUUGACAAGCAUAGCAGCAGACAGAAUACACAUUGAUCAUCCUAUCAAGAACAGUUUGCUGCAAAACUAACCAUUCCAAAAUAUUGAUUUAUGUAUUUAUAAAUGUUUAAUGGUUUAGGGAGACAACAAAAUCUGCCAAUCAUCAAUUACUUUAUGUUCAGUGCUUGGAUAGCAAUCUACAGUUAUUUGCUUGGCUGUUCAUAUUUUGCUGUCCAGAAUUUUCUCAGUUCAUGCAUCGUUAU